CAGACACUAAUUCACGACCAAAGAGAAAAUUAUUUUCCAUUAAUUAAGCUACACAACAAUAUUAUAAAAAUGACGUUUCCCACCAUUUCACCAAAGAUGUAAUGGUAAAAAAUGAAUAAAAAGAAACUUACGUGGCCAAAUUACAAUUAAUCAAAAUAUUCAUAACCCGACUUCCCCCUUUCACCGCCCCAUUAUAUACAUUACUUCCGGUCCGGUUCAAUAAAACCGGAUUCCGCCGGAGAACCACCGUGAUGCCGCCGGUUCAAACCGCAGGCGCCGUCGCUACACUUUUAUCCGUCGCCAUAAUCUCUUACUUCUUCUGCAAAACAGUUCAACAAAAGUCAUCUUCCCGGAAAAAGGAACUUCAAAAACGUAGAAAUGGAGUCGUCGGCGCCAUCGGAAAUACUCCGUUAAUCAGAAUCAAUAGCCUCUCCGAAGCUACUGGAUGUGAAAUUUUGGGUAAAGCAGAGUUCUUGAAUCCUGGAGGGAGCGUAAAAGAUAGGGUAGCUGUGAAGAUUAUUGAAGAGGCCCUGGAAUCAGGAGCAUUAGCUGAAGGUGGAGUAGUUACAGAGGGUAGUGCAGGAAGCUCAGCCAUUAGUCUUGCAACAGUAGCACCUGCUUAUGGAUGCAGAUGCCAUGUGGUUAUUCCAGAUGAUGCUGCGCUCGAAAAAGCACAAAUACUGGAAGCAUUAGGAGCUACAAUUGAAAGGGUCAGGCCAGUUUCUAUCACACACCGAGAUCAUUUUGUUAAUAUUGCAAGAAGAAGGGCGCUGGAAGCAAGUGAAUUAACAUCAACCACCAGAAAAGAAAACCAAAUUGAUGCCAAUGAUUCUAGUCAAAUCAAUGGUCACUCGGUCAAUGAGGAAAAGCAGAAUAUGAAAUUCCCUUCUGAAUGCAAGGGUGGAUUUUUCGCAGAUCAGUUUGAAAACCUUGCAAAUUUCAGGUCACAUUAUGAGGGCACUGGGCCAGAGAUUUGGGAACAGACGAGUGGCAAGUUGGAUGCUUUUAUUGCUGCUGCAGGUACAGGAGGCACUGUAGCCGGUGUAUCCCAGUUUUUGAAGGACAAAAAUUCAAAUAUCAAGUGCUUCCUUAUUGAUCCUCCUGGCUCUGGUUUAUAUAACAAAGUAACAAGAGGAGUGAUGUACACGAGGGAGGAGGCGGAAGGACGAAGGCUGAAGAACCCAUUUGAUACAAUAACUGAAGGGAUUGGAAUAAAUAGACUAACUGAAAAUUUUAAGCUUGCAAAACUUGAUGGAGCUUUCCGUGGCACAGAUAUGGAAGCCGUUGAAAUGUCCAGGUUUUGUCACCGUUUUGAACAACUCUUCUCAGUAUUUGAAUGAGCUCAGUCUAUGGAGGAGUUAUUUACAAAAAUCUUACGAUGACUCAUCAGGUAUCUGUUGAAAAAUGAUGGCCUAUUUAUCGGAAGUUCUUCAGCUAUGAAUUGUGUCGGAGCUGUUAGAGUGGCCAAGGCACUAGGUCCAGGUCAUACAAUUGUGACAAUUUUGUGUGACAGUGGUAUGCGACAUCUGAGUAAAUUUCACAAUGCUGAUUACCUAUCUGAACAUGGGUUGACACCUUCAGCGAAUGGUUUGGAGUUUCUUGGUCUCAGUUGACGUAUGGCUACUUCGCGUUGAUUUUUUUUGGGUCCUCAAAUCAUAUAUUUCAUUAACAACAGUACGAGACCAAUGUUUAGUUUCAGAUACUGAACCAUUUAGAAGUUGAGCUAAUGUUGUAUAUACUAUGCUAGAAAGAGGAAAUUUUGACAAUUUUAAUAUAAUUUCAUUUGUUUGUGUA